AUGGAUGCUUUUGAGCAGGUACAAAAUUCCGGUAAAUCCGUGAAGAAAUUUACCAAUGCAGCAGUUGUUAUAAACUCAAAUGACAAAGGCCUCCGUAUGGUCAAUUUUGUGCGCGUUUUACAGGUGUAUAAUAACACGGAAAAUAACAUCAUAUACGUCCGUGCUUGCUGUUGGGCUUCCUAUAUGAGGAAUGUUAAAUACAAGGUGAAAAUGGUUUGUAAACAAAGCGGGACCUCAAAGAUUCUAGCAGCAAAGUGUGAUAGGCAAUGUCCGGCUUCCAACAGUGGGUGUUGUUGUCAUGUUAUGGCGCUCAUAUGGAAACUUGAGGACAUGACGAGAAAGUCAGAGCUAAAAAAUAUCACUCCUGACAACAGAUGCUGCACAUCAAAACCGAGGAAAUGGGGAAAAGGGGGUAGACGAGAAGUAGAGUUCUCUCCAGUGAUGGCUUUAAAAGUAACAAAACCAAGACAUGCGUCUGACUUACCUGGUAGGAAGAAAAGGAGUAUUGACUCUCAGUUUUACGAUCCCAGACCACUGAAAUCACAGAAGCUUGAUGCUGAUGGAAUUGUAAAGCUGAGGCAAGAUCUUUAG